UGCGCAACAAUUCAAGGCUGAAUCUUUGUAAAAUUCAAGAGUUCCGACGCGGCCAAAUUAUCACCAGUUUCCACCGAAACAUCACCCAUGGCGCUGGAUCUUGAAAGCUCGAUGUCCUUUUCGGAGUUCCCUGAUGACGUUCAGCUCAACAUCCUCUCGUUCCUCCGCCCAAUCGAGAUCUCCGCCUUCGCUUGCACCUGCCACCGCUUCGCUGCCCUCUGCAGCCCUUCCUCCCCUUCGACUGACCUCUGGCUCGCUCUGUGCGAACGCCGAUGGGGCUCCAAGACCGAGCUCCGGCGCUGGUCUGCCAUCCCGUCGCCCCGCUUCUACAAAACCCUGGAUCGCUGGGAACAACUCAUCGGCUUUUGGCGCCGCAUCGGCAGUGGGAUCCCUGGAACACCGCCCCUUGUUUUCUUUGAGUGGAGCCCUUCCUGCAUGAUUGGCUCCCGUAUAUCGCCCUCCACUUUCGCCGCCUCCUACGCCGUCCGCAAGGUCCCAUUCCUUUGGCUCGGCCUAUCGGCCGCUGGCGAGACCUUAAGCUACCUUCAUCCCGAUAACCCGCUGUCCGACUCCGAUGUCAUCCCAGUGACGAUCAGCUUCAUGGGAUGCAACCAUUUCGUGGUCGAGGAAACCCGGAGCUUCUGCAUGGAUCCCAACAUGGACGAUUCCGAAGAAGUGCUGGCCGUGGAGGCUGGCUCGCCUCCGGAUCGGGUGAUGUCGGAGAUAUACCAGUAUUUUGCCAAUAGAACGAGUCCUGGAGCGGAGAAAUCCUUGAGAAGACAAAGGAAGAAGAAGGAGAAGGAAAGGCUUGGAAGAAGGAGAUGGGAGGCCGAGCAUUUUGUCAAGAUUUCAAACUAUUUCCCGACUCCUGCGAGACCUUUGCAGGGAUUAUGGAAGGGGAUAUCUGAGGACAUGAGCCUGGAAUUUUAUCUUGUAACACAUGAUGAUGUUGGGGGAAUAGCCUGCCGGCGAGUUGGUGAUUCGGCGGAGCCUUUCUCCGGUUAUUCCCCGGUCUUCUGGACUUCUAAUACUACAUUCUUGGAAUCACCAUUCUCCAAAGAAGAACGUGCUAUAUAUAGCAUGAAGGAGCAUAUUGGGUCUGUUGGCUUAGUUCACUGCAACAUGGAUAGGGAGCUUGUCUCCCGCAUCCUCUGCAUCAACUGUAGCUAUGACCUGGUUCUUCCUGACCUGGCUGGUUCUUCUGGUGAUCCUAGAAAUGUUGAGGGUAGGAUAUGGGAAUAUGAAGAUGGAACAUUUGGGUUUGGGUUUUUAAGAAACAAUUUUAUUAUUGAUUUGAAGCACAUUGCUCUAGAUGGGUAUGUUCUUGAUAACGUUGAGUCUUCUCAUCCAACUCAUCAUGUUGCUUAGUUUCCUGUAUAGAGUGGGCUUAGUGACUGUUUAAUGCAUCUUGCAAUAAGAGAAAUGAUUAUCAAUGAAAUUUCUAUUUCUCAAAAA